CUCCAUGUGGUUCGACCCCGGUCUUGCCGGGUUAUUUAUUACUUCGACACUCCUACACUUAGGAAAAGACAUCAAUCUUUUGGUCGUGUCAAGUUUUUGGCGCCGUUGCUGGGAAGUUUCCAAAGGCCCAAUAAUAACCCAUACUCGCAAAGAUACAACCCUGGUUGGAGAAAUCACCUAAAUUUCAAUUGGAAGAGUGAUAACAAUAAUGCACAAACUUCACAGCCACCGUUUCAAGCACACCAUAAUUUCCAAAAUUCUCAUGGAUAUACACCUCCUUAUGCUCCACCUCCUAGAAGAAAUGUUGAGGAAAUAUUGCAUGCAUUCAUUGAAAAGCAAGAGAUGAUCAACACUCAAUUUGCUCAAAGCACGACUGAUUUUAAAGAUACUCUUGCAAAAUUGACAUCUGCUCUCAGUUUCCAAGAGAAAGUCAUCACUCUUCGCAGUGGUAAGGUUAUUGAAAAACUCAUUUUUGAACCUUGUGAGAAAGAUGAUAAGUCAAUCUCUGAGGGUAAGGAAAGGGUUGAAUCUGAACAUUUUAAAGAAAAUACUGAUUCUUCGCCAGCACUUCCAUUUCCUCAUGCCAUGACCAAACAAAAGAAAGUCAAUCACAACUCUGAAAUCUUUGAAACUUUCAAACAGUCAUUGCCUUUUGAAAUAAUAUGUGACGCUAGUGAUUAUGUCGUGGGUGCUGUCUUAGGACAAAGAAAAGAUAAGAAACCCUAUGUGAUUUACUAUGCAACUGUUGUUGUUUUUAGUGAUCAUGCAGCAUUGAAAUAUCUUCUUUCUAAGAAAGAUUCUAAGGCUAGAUUGGUUCGGUGGAUUUUGUUACUUCAAGAAUUUGAUAUCACAAUCAAAGACAAGAAAGGCACCGAAAAUAUUGUUGCAGAUCACUUGUCAAGAUUGACAACAGAUUCGAGAUCUGACAUCACACCAAUCGAUGACUACUUUCCUAACGAAUCUUUAUUUUAUGUCUCUACAAUGCCUUGGACAAUUGCCGGCUUAUUGGAGUGCCCAAGACAAAAGAAAGUUCUUGAACGAACAAAGGUCCGAUUAUCAGGUAAGUCCUCCAAUUCUUUCAUUUCACACAUGCCUGGAACAGGUAAAAGCACUUUUGCAAAGAAACGUCGUGCAAAACGACUGAAAGUCUGUCACAAAUGUGCCAGAUGGACUUGUAAUGCAACAUGUCAUUCUUUAGGAAUGGUAUCUAUAAACCGUGAAGAUAAAAUACAAUUCAUUAAGGAUGGCCUGAGUAAGGAGUCUUUAGAUGAUCUUCUAUUAACCCUCGAGACACAUCCUAAUGGAGAUGUGCAUCGUGCUAUUCAUGAUUUAUGGCCACAAUUCCAUAAAGAACAUGAUCGACUUAUUCUUGGGAAUCUAACUAUAAAAGACCCUGUUUGCCAGUUUUUAAGAAAACUGGAUGGGAAGCCUAUCCCUGACCCAUAG